AUGGACCCAAAUACCCCCUCCCGACCGCCUGACUAUAGCCUCCCACCUUACGAUGAUUGCGACGACACAUCGCCGGGACGCUCCAACAACCCCGCCGCCAUUCGACUCUUGACCUCAGUCGAGGAGCCCAUCAUGGACAGCCGACCCCCUCACUUUCAGACACCACCCGUUGGCGGCAGCCGUGCCAGCGCAUCGCGGCCCCAUCAAUCUGCUUCUACUCCCGCUUCUGCGUCUUCCAUCCCUCGCCUCCGACAAGUUCACAAGACGCCCGAGUCGUCGCCCAGCCUCUUCCCGCGCCCUCUCUCACUGCGUAGGAAGAAGUCAGACGCUGCAGACCCGGCGAUCUCUACCCCCAAUCACCUUGAUGCGUUGCGGCUGCAGGAGGAGGCGCGGCCCACCGCGUCCUCAACUCCGGAGCCCAUCAAAACACCAUGUCGAAGCGACGUGAGUGUCGUCGACUUUGCAGAUGCGCAGCGCGUCUCUCGCAUCCCGGUGCGGUCCACUACUGUCAAGUUGCAGAAGCGCGCGAGACCCGGCUCCAUCAGAGGGGCACAGUUUCGGGACAGUCUCCCGACCAUACCAGAGGGUCCCUCGAUGCGGAAAAGUCAACUGCAUCAGUCCUCAAGCUGCCCUGCCUCUCCUUUUUCCAAUGACUUCAGUAAUAGCACAAACACAAGCUCACAUUCAGAGAAUAGGCCCCGAUCCAGUCGACGAUCCUAUGCGUCCUCUAUCUUAUCCGACAGAUCCGCCUCUAUCCGAGACCCUCCCAGCAUCCCGCCUCCCGAUUCAACCUACGUUCCAUUCCAAGGCCGCGACUACGCCCGCCAGUAUGAGCGCACUUAUGAGCAGGAGUACCAAGAUGACUACCCUUACGAGUACCAGUCCGGACGUGAGUCGCCUACCAGGACGUACAGCCCCUCCCGCCUAUCAUCAGACUUCACUAGGCCUCCUCCAUCUGGGAUUUACGAACCUUCGGACCUUAAUGGUAGCCCCAGACCGGGAACUCCGUCAUCAAGAUAUGGCGGAAGCCCCAGGCGACCACUCCCCCCUGCGCCGCUGUUCUCAGCCGGUGCGAGCCGCAACCCGGCCACUUUUGCAGACGACGCGACAGUUUCAAUCCCUCUCCACGAUGCCGACGACGUCUUCGGACCGGAAACGGAUAUUAGUGAGACACAGCCCAUGAGAGAAUCAUAUUUGUCGCAUGACCAAGCCACCCUUAGUGAUGAAGAAACGGAGACCGACAUCAAUGAAAAGGUCGAGCACUACGGCCCCGCGCCGGAUGGCAUGCAAGAGCGUCGAGGCGUGCGUGCGCCGCAAAUGUCAAGAAAGGAAGUUCAGCUUAUCAACGGAGAGCUGGUUUUGGAGUGCAAGAUCCCCACGAUUCUUUACAGUUUCCUUCCUCGUCGUGACGAGGUCGAAUUCACCCAUAUGAGAUACACGGCCGUCACCUGCGACCCCGAUGAUUUUGUCGAUCGCGGCUACAAGCUCCGCCAGUCGAUCGGCAAAACGGCUCGUGAGACGGAACUUUUCAUCUGCGUCACCAUGUACAACGAAAACGAGUUCGACUUCACCAGGACAAUGCACGCCGUUAUGAAGAACAUCUCCCACUUCUGUGCCCGCUCAAAGUCACGCACAUGGGGUGACAAUGGUUGGCAGAAGAUUGUGGUCUGCAUCGUUUCCGACGGCAGAGAGAAGAUCCAUCCCCGCACACUCGACGCACUGGCGGCCAUGGGCGUUUACCAACACGGCAUCGCAAAGAACUAUGUCAACCAGAAGGCCGUGCAGGCUCACCUAUAUGAAUAUACGACACAAGUGUCACUUGACUCUGACCUCAAGUUCAAGGGCGCCGAGAAGGGCAUCGUUCCUUGCCAGUUGAUCUUCUGUUUGAAGGAAAAGAACCAGCGGAAGCUCAACUCGCAUCGUUGGUUCUUCAAUGCUUUCGGAAAGGCCCUCAACCCGAACGUGUGCAUUCUACUCGACGUCGGUACGAGGCCCGGUGGUACGUCCCUCUAUCAUCUGUGGAAGGCCUUCGACAACGAUUCCAACGUCGCUGGUGCUUGUGGAGAGAUCAAGGCCAUGAAGGGCCGUUUCGGAGUUAAUCUCCUAAACCCGCUUGUUGCCUCGCAGAACUUCGAGUACAAGAUGUCCAACAUCCUUGACAAACCAUUGGAGUCGAUCUUUGGCUACAUUACCGUCUUGCCUGGUGCACUUAGCGCGUAUCGCUACCACGCUCUGCAAAAUGACGAGACGGGUCAUGGUCCCCUCAGUCAAUACUUCAAGGGAGAGACUCUGCACGGGCAGCACGCAGACGUGUUUACGGCCAAUAUGUACCUGGCUGAGGAUCGUAUUCUCUGCUGGGAGCUUGUCGCCAAGCGUGGGGAGAGUUGGGUGUUGAAGUACGUGAAGGGCUGUCAUGGUGAAACGGACGUGCCAGACACUGUUCCCGAGUUUAUCUCACAGCGACGUCGUUGGCUCAACGGUGCCUUCUUUGCUGCGGUGUACUCGCUCGUCCACUUUAAGCAGAUUUGGACCACCGACCAUACUAUCACACGCAAACUACUCCUCCACGUGGAAUUCGUCUACCAAUUCCUCCAGCUCAUCUUCACCUAUUUCUCUCUGGCAAACUUCUAUCUGACUUUCUACUUCGUUGCGGGCGGUCUGGCUGAUCCUUUGGUGGAUCCCUUCGGUCACAACAUUGCUCAGUACAUCUUUACGGUUCUACGGUACAUUUGCGUUCUGCUCAUCUGCGCGCAAUUCAUCCUCUCUCUGGGAAAUCGCCCCCAAGGAGCAAAGAAGUUGUAUCUCUUCAGCAUUGUCGUCUACAGCAUCAUUAUGAUGUAUACGACAUUCGCCACCUUCUACAUCGUCAUCCGCCAGCUGAAGGAGAAAGACAACCCGGAUAUCCACAUGGGUAACAACGUCUUCACCAACUUCAUCGUCUCGAUUCUUUCGACUAUAGGAUUGUACUUUGUCAUGUCUUUCAUGUACCUGGACCCCUGGCACUUGUUUACCAGUGCGGCCCAGUACUUCAUGCUCCUGCCUGCAUACAUCUGUACUCUGCAAGUGUAUGCGUUUUGCAACACGCACGACGUCACAUGGGGCACAAAGGGAGACAACGUCAUGAAGACGGAUCUGGGUGGGGCCAUCGGUAAAGGCAACAGUGUCGAGCUCGAGAUGCCCUCGGAACAACUCGAUAUCGACUCUGGAUACGAUGAGGCGCUGCGCAACCUUCGUGACCGCGUUGAGGUUCCGGCCUCGCCUAUUUCUGAAGCGCAGUUGCAGGAGGACUACUACAAGAGCGUUCGCACGUAUAUGGUGCUCAUAUGGCUCAUCUGCAACGCCACCCUCGCUAUGGCUGUGUCUGAGGCGUAUAGCAAGCGCGGCAUUGGUGAAAACUAUUACCUUGCCUUCAUUCUCUGGGCCGUGGCUCUUCUGGCGCUCUUCCGCGCGAUCGGCUCCACCACGUUUGCGGUCCUCAACGUCGUCAGCAUGAUUGUCGACGGCCAAGUCCGCAUGAGCCUUAAGGUGCCCAAGUGGAUGGGCGGCUUCGGCGAAAAGCUCAGCGAGAAGAUGAGCAGCGUUGGGAGCAGCGUGGGAAGUAGCGUCGGCGGCAGCAAGCUGAGCAGCGUUUUCAAGCGCUGA